AUGGAAUUGGCCAGAGAAGUAAUUCCUGACUGGCAAGCAAGCAGCAGCAACCAAAAAUUGUGCAGCGUGGUCACGGUGAUAUAUAAGAAGUUCGCUACUCAAACAAAGCAGUUAAGGGUUAUAGAGAAAUCAACCGGCAAUUGUCCAAGCCUUGCGAGUACCACAGUUCCCCCUAACCCGUCGCAGGUGUUUACUGCAAUCCAUUACGAGUUAGUAAAUCAAGAGCAGAAGCAACUGCACCAUGUCUCGCAGUUGAGACCUUUGGGGUGUUUUGAAUAUUACUUGACAAUUUUUUUCUUUGCAGAAAUAGUGGAAUUUCAAAAAAUAGUGGGUAGCUUAAUUGAACUUGUUGAUCAACUGGCGAAAGCUGCUGAAACUGAGAAGAUGAAGGCCAUUGGUGCACGGAACUUGCUGAAGUCUAUAGCAAAGCAGAGAGAAGCUCAGGAACAGCAACUUCAGGCUUUAAUAGCCGAGAAAAAGAUGCAGCUGGAAAGGUACCGAAUAGAGUACGAGACUCUGUGUAAAAUUGAAGCAGACCAGAACGAAUUCAUUGACCAAUUCAUUUUUCAGAAAUAGAGGAUUUUAAGAUAAAAAUGAACUAGUUUGGAAACUUGACCAUUCCAGAAUCUUGAGAAUUUCAAAAAUAUGCAAUUUUUCACUGUGUAUGACUGAAGAGAUGGUUUGUACAAAGGGAAGUGUCUUUUAAUUCAGUGUGAGUUACACUAAAAGUGGCAAUAAGGAGGGCUUUCUAACAGACGUAAAGACUGUUCUGUCCUUUGAUUUUAUAGAAGUUUUGUACAGCCAGUAGUUCUAAUUCAAAUUAUAGUUGGAUUAAUACUACUGUUGCUAUGUUAUGUCUCUCACUUUUUGAAGUGUACAGCUCUUUCAAAGAAAUCGGGAAAUAAAUUAUUGUUUUCAGACUUUCU